UACACAACUUCGUAGAGCGCAGAUCGCACGUGUGUCGCUGUAGUCGCGCGACGCGUGUUGCGGUUGUUGGUACGCAGCAGACAGCAGACGUGCGCGCGGACUUCCUCGUGUGGGGCAACUUGGUGACCGCGAUGCCGUACAUGUUGAUCUCAACCCAGAUCCGACUGGAGAAUGGGCCGACCAUCGUAGGGGACCGCAACAGCGAUCCAACUCUCAUGGAGCAUCUCAACGCGCGCAAGAUCACCCAGCCAGGAAACGACUUCCCCGAGUACCGGACGGAAGACCCACCCCGCACCGUGCUGAACAAGCUAGAGCUGAUGGGCUACCGUGUGGUGGCAAUGUCCGGCAUUGGCCAGACUUGCAUCUGGACCUUACACAAGCCGUGACGUUGCACGUCAUGUCUUACGGCGUUUCGCAUUCACCGCUCUGGCGCCACUACUAGCAUCGAUUGCUUGUCUCAUGUUGUAUUUUUACACCUGCUUCGUCUCAAACUGCUGGCCAGUCACUGGAUAAAACAGCCCUCUCACUUCACCACGGGUUCACUUAACCACGAAUUGUUAUUCUUGGUCUGUCACAACCGUGAUAUUUUGUAAAACUCAGCCCUGUGGCGCUGCUCUCCACCCCCGGACAUGUCAGCGUCUACGGGCGACAGCUUUCCUCGCAAAGCGCCAGGUAUGCUGUCUGGGCGCAGUAGCUUGUUAUACGUGGUGCCACGACCAAGGGCUUUUUUUUUUCUUAUACAUUUUUUUUUUCUCGGCACCAAGAUAUAAAUCUUGGCACAGUGCUAGGUAUGCUGUUGCCUGUUGGCGCUGUGCCGAGUCACGUAAUAUCCUGCACGAGUGACCAUGUCCACAGAAGUUUAUAGAAGUUGAAUGUUGCUCCCACAGAACUGGUCUCUUUUUUUCUGUAUUUCAAAGGGUAAAUCGCCAAAAACAAGUAACUUAGCCUGGAGUGAACAGUGUAAUGCUGAACCAACAGUUCCGAUAAAGGGCAGCCGAUACGUAGACGUCAAUUAUGGUCAGGCCUUAUUCUUUAGGUCUCGCUUAUCUGCUUGCCUCACACUUUUAUGGGUUACAAUUAGCUGCCUUCUCAGCUUACCAGUGCAGCUUGCAUCUACUCCUGCGCCGGAUGGAUGCAUUGUGAUAGACGUAUUGACACAGCCAUCACACCUCACGCUAGCACAAGAGCCGCGUGAGGCUGGGUAUAACCACUGCUGCUCUCUUCAGUAGAUUGUCAGGGAACAAUGUUAAUUUGUGAGUGGAAGAACACAUCUAACAAAGGUUGAGCAUCUACAACUUCUUCAAGUGGCUGUACAAAGUGUAGCCUAAAGCCUCGCCAUACAUGCUUCCACAUAGGUAGUGCCAGCCUUCCCUCCUCCUCCACGCUUCUCCCUCGCUCAUUCACUCAGCUUGCGGUGUCAAACAAACUUACAUAGUACCAGCUUCCAGUUCCAAGCAUAAGUGACGUCACUGACGCCUGCAAUUGCUGCAUAGAGAUGCAAGUGUGCAACAAACGAAAAAUGGGACCAUCCGGAAAUCCAGGAAGCGGAACUACCGGAAACGGAAUGUAGGAAUUGGAAAUUACGGAAGCACCACUGACAUGUGAUCGACGAAUCAGAGAACAGCGGCACAUCAAAGGCUGGCGCCACUUGGCAAAAGCAGUGGUGGCACAUAGAUGGAGGGGCUUUAGUGUAGACUAAUUGAGGAACAAAACUCUGAUCCUUUGGUGUAUCCUGCCACAGCUGCAAGGCAUUGUUCAAAGUACUAAAGAACUUACUGUGAUUGUUGGCUCAACUGGCUUUUGUAUUGUCAUUGCUUGAUAUAAAAUUAUUUUUUGUUGCA